CCGACAUUCCUCUUGACCCGUACGUGCGAGAUGGCCUCUCGGAAGAAAGGCGGCAGCUCCACUUCCAGCAAGCUCAGCAUGAAGCUCCUGGUGAACAGCCGCACCCAGCGCGUGCUCUACGCCGAGGCCGGCAAGGACGUCGUCGACUUCCUCUUCUCCCUGCUCACCCUGCCGGUGAGCACGAUCGUCAAGCUGCUCACCUCCGACUUCAUGGUAGGCUGCGUCGGGAACCUGUACCGGAGCGUCGAGAAGCUCGACGACACGUACAUCCUCCGGAGCGACGCCAAGGAUUCCCUGCUCACGCCCGCCGGUGGCUGCGAGAGCGGCAAGCUUCUCCUUACCGACGCGUCGUCGUCUUCGACGACGACGGGGUCCUCGGGCUAUUACAGCGGUCUCGGCUACGCGACCCGCGACGGGUUUGUGCAGGGGAUCGUGACUUACACGGUGAUGGACGACCUCACGGUUGCUCCCAUGUCCACCAUUUCCGGGAUCACCAUGCUCAACGCGUUUGGCAUCAGGGACAUCGGCUCUCUCCAGGAGAAGACGGUCCAACUGGGCUACGCUGAGGGUCUCCAGAUACUGAAGGCGUCACUGCAGUCCAAGACGGUUCUCACCGACGUCUUCCUUGGGAUGAGCCGGAGGGCCUGAACCCUCGAAGUGUUAUCCUCCGAGUCCGAGGCUUUUCCUCGAGCCUGUCCUUGCCGUGUCAUUGUCGUCUGUCUUUUGGUCAUGGUCUGCGAUUUUUAUCAUGUCUUAACUGUCCUACGCCCGCUCUGUUGGAAGUCUGUUCCGAUCACCAUUUUAUAACUCUUAUGGUAUGAAAUAAAGGCAAGUACAAGGAUUAUCGGUGCA